AUGCUAUUCUACGGACCCCCUGGCACAGGCAAGACGUCAACAAUCCUCGCAUUAGCCAAGGAGCUCUUCGGUCCCGAGAUGAUGAAGUCGCGAGUCCUCGAGUUGAACGCCUCCGACGAGCGCGGCAUCUCAAUCGUCCGAGAAAAAGUCAAAAACUUUGCGCGCAUGCAAUUGACGAAUCCAGCCCCCGGCCUUAGCAAAAAAUACCCCUGCCCCCCUUUCAAAAUCAUCAUCCUCGACGAAGCCGAUUCAAUGACUCAAGAUGCUCAGAGCGCCCUGCGGCGAACCAUGGAGACGUACAGCAAAAUUACUCGCUUCUGCUUAAUCUGCAACUACGUCACCCGAAUCAUCGACCCGUUGGCCAGUCGUUGCAGCAAGUUUCGCUUCAAGAGUCUCGACCAGGGCAAUGCCAGGAAGAGGCUGGAGGAGAUUGCGUCCGCCGAAGGCGUGCCACUGGAGGAUGGCGCCAUUGACGCUCUCAUUCGCUGCAGCGAGGGCGAUUUGCGCAAAGCGAUUACUUUCCUGCAGAGCGCGGCGAGAUUAGUUGGCGCGAGCGCUCCGGGAAAGGACGGCGAUGGUGAUGAACAAAUGGACGUGGACAGUAAGCCCGUGACAGUCAAGAUUGUGGAGGACAUUGCUGGCGUCAUCCCGGCACCGACGGUUGACGGGCUGGUUGAGGCUAUGCGUCCGCGGGACGCAGGCCAAACGUAUCGCUCUGUGUCCAAGAUUGUGGAGGAUAUGGUCGCGGAUGGGUGGAGUGCGACUCAGGUAGUCUCGCAGCUGUAUCAAGCUCUGACGGCAGACGAGACGAUAGCAGAUGCCCACAAGAACAAGAUCGUCAUGGUCUUUUCAGAGGUCGAUAAGAGACUAGUGGACGGAGCGGACGAGCAUCUAUCAAUUCUGGAUCUUGCAAUGAGGAUAUCGGCUAUUUUAGCUGGCAAGUAA